CCCUCCCCCCGCCUACGUGAGGCCCUGCGGCGCAGGGGCGGGGCCUCGAGAAGCAACCAAUGGGUGUUAGCCGGCCGGCUGGCCAAGGCACAGUUGCCUAGGCGACCAGCACGCGGCCCCGCCCGCCGGGCCAGGGCUCCCGCGCGCUGCAGAGUUCAGGCUGGAGUAGGAGCCCGGGUCUCUGCGCGCCCGAACGCGCGAUGACCACGUGGAGCCUCCGGCGGAGGCCGGGCCGAACACUCGGACUCCUGCUGCUGGUUAUCUUGAGCUUUCUGGUGCUCCGCAGGUUGGACUGGAGCUCUCUCAUCCCUCCAUGGCUCCGGCACCGGCAGUUGGGGCUGCAGGCAAAAGGCCAGAACUUUAUGCUGGAGGACUCCCCUUUCUGGAUCUUUGGGGGCUCCAUACACUACUUCCGUGUGCCCAAGGAAUACUGGAGGGACCGCCUGCUCAAGAUGAGAGCCUGUGGCUUGAAUACUGUCACCACUUAUGUCCCAUGGAACCUCCAUGAGCCAGAAAGAGGCAAAUUCGACUUCUCUGGGAACCUGGACCUGGAGGCAUUUGUCCUUUUGGCUGCAGAGAUUGGGCUGUGGGUGAUUCUGCGUCCUGGCCCCUACAUCUGCAGUGAGAUUGACCUGGGGGGCUUGCCCAGCUGGCUACUCCAAGACCCUGGCAUGAGGCUGAGAACAACAUAUAAAGGCUUCACCGAAGCAGUGGACCUUUACUUUGAUCACCUGAUGUACAGGGUAGUGCCACUCCAGUACAAGCAUGGGGGACCCAUCAUUGCUGUGCAAGUGGAAAAUGAAUAUGGUUCCUAUAACAGAGACCCUGCUUACAUGCCUUACAUCAAGAAGGCCCUGGAGGACCGUGGUAUUAUAGAGCUGCUCUUCACCUCAGACAACAAGGAUGGCCUCAAGAAGGGAGUGGUCAAUGGAGUGCUGGCCACCAUCAACUUACAGUCACAACAGGAGCUGCAGUUACUGAACACCUUUCUCUUAAGCGCACAGGGGAUUCAGCCCAAGAUGGUGACAGAGUACUGGACCGGGUGGUUUGACUCAUGGGGAGGCCCACACAAUAUCUUGGAUUCCUCCGAGGUUUUGGAAACAGUGUCUGCCAUUGUUGAUGCCGGCUCCUCCAUCAACCUCUACAUGUUCCACGGAGGCACCAAUUUUGGCUUCAUAAACGGAGCUAUGCAUUUUCAUGAAUAUAAGUCUGAUGUCACCAGCUAUGACUAUGAUGCAGUGUUGACAGAGGCUGGAGAUUACACUGCCAAGUACUCCAAGCUUCGAGACUUCUUUGGCUCCCUCUCAGGUACCCCUCUGCCUCCCCCACCUGACCACCUUCCCAAGAUGUCUUAUGAGCCAAUGAUGCCCUCUUUCUACCUGUCACUAUGGGACACCCUCAAGUACCUGGAGGAGCCAAUCAAGUCUGAAAAGCCAAUCAACAUGGAGAACCUGCCAAUAAACAAUGGGAAUGGACAGGCCUUUGGAUAUGUUCUGUAUGAGACCACCAUUGCUUCAUCUGGAGUCCUCAGUGGUCUUGUGUGUGAUCGGGGGCAGGUAUUUGUGAACACAGUGUCCAUAGGAUUCUUGGACUAUAAAACGACGAAGAUUGUUAUCCCCUUGAUCCAGGGUUACACUGUGCUGAGGAUCUUGGUGGAGAAUCGUGGGCGAGUCAACUAUGGAAAUAAUAUUGAUAAUCAGCGCAAAGGUUUAAUUGGAGAUCUCUAUCUGGAUAAUUCUCCCCUGAAAAACUUCCGAAUCUACAGCCUAGAUAUGAAAAAUGGCUUCUUUCAGAGGUUGGACAUCCACAAAUGGAGUACUCUUCCAGAUACUCCCACGUUCCCUGCCUUCUUCUUGGGCAGCUUGUCAGUUGGUCCUAACCCUUCUGACACGUUCCUGAAGCUGGAGGGCUGGGAGAAGGGGGUUGUAUUCAUCAAUGGCCAAAACCUUGGACGUUACUGGAACAUUGGACCCCAAGAGACCCUCUACCUCCCAGGUGCCUGGCUGAACAAAGGAAUCAACCAGAUCAUCAUUUUCGAGGAGAUGAUGGCAGGCUCCGUGGUCCAGUCCACUGACAUCCCCCACCUGGGCCGAAACCAGUACAUUCACUGA